AUGAAAUCCAAAUCUCGGAGGUCCAAAUAUUCAGAUCAUAAAUAUCAUCAGGUGGAAUCUAAAACACCUCCAUUACCCACAAGAAAGUCAAAAGAAAAUUCUAAUAAAUCCAUUAUAAGUACCAAAAGAAAACCGCAUCAUGAAUCUUCACCAGAAUUAGAAAAUACCCAUGUGGAAUCAGAAGAUGAAGAAACAAUAAUAGAACAGAGACGGCAACAACGCAAACAACUCUUAGCAAAAUUAAGUGUGACAAAUGAUAGAAGCAGCACUAGUGACAAUGAAGUUAUUAAAAAUGACACAAGUACUGAAGACAAACAAAAGACUAUUAAAGGUAUCCAAAUAAACGAAAAUAAUGUGUCAAAACAAGUUACUGAUAUGUUUUCUGAAAAGGAUGAAUUUGAAUCAAAUGGUACAAACAAUAAUGUUAAUCGUAGCAACAAUGAAUCUAAUUUAAAUUUAACUGACAACUGGGAUGAUUCAGAUGGAUACUACAACAUAAGAAUUGGAGAUGUCAUCAACAACAGAUAUACAAUCAAGAACAUUUUGGGACAGGGUGUGUUUGCUAAUGUUGUCAGAGCACAAGAUAACAUUGAAGGUAAUGACUAUGUAGCCAUAAAAAUUGUCAGGAAUAAUGAUUUAAUGUACAGAACAAGCCUUAAAGAAAUAGCUAUUUUAAAAGAACUUAAAUUAGCAGAUCCAGAUAAUAAGUACCACUGUGUUCAGUUUUUUGGCCAUUUUAUGCACAAAGGUCAUCUUUGUUUGUUGUUGGAAUCCCUCCACAUGGAUUUGAGAGCAGUGAUUAAGAAGUAUGGCAAACAUCAUGGCAUUAACAUGAAAGCAUUAAUGAGUUACAGCAGACAACUGUUACUGGCAUUGAGACUUUUGAAGAAAAUUGGUAUAAUUCAUGCAGAUAUCAAACCAGAUAACAUUUUAGUCAAUGAAAAGAAAAAUGUCCUUAAACUGUGUGACUUUGGUUCAGCUACAAAAAUUGAUGACAAUGAACCCACUCCUUACCUAGUGUCGCGUUUCUACCGAGCACCAGAAAUCAUCCUCGGUAUACCGUACAAACACGGCGUCGAUGUAUGGUCCGCUGCCUGUACCAUUUUCGAAAUGGCCACUGGGAAAAUAUUAUUCACUGGAAGCUCUAAUAAUAAAAUGCUGAAGUGCUUUAUGGAUGUGAAGGGCAAGUUUUCUAGCAAGCUUAUCAGAAGAGGUAAAUUCAAAGAUCAGCAUUUCAACUACAAUAAUAAUUUCCUCCUACAAAAAGACGAAUUUACCGGCAGAGAAAAGGUUGUUGAAUUAAGCAAUAUUAAUGUUAGUAGAGAUCUCCUUUAUGAACUGAAGAAAUCUUAUAAGAAUGUAACUGUCCAUGAAGAGAAAAAGGUAAUGCAACUCAGAGAACUACUUGAUAAAAUGAUAAUGCUAGAUUCUAGUCAAAGACUAUCAGUGACUGAUUGCUUAAAGCAUCCUUUCAUUUUAGAAGAAUUAGAAAAAGAUGCAAGUAAAAAACACUAAAGUUUAUUUUGUUUAAAUAAGUUAAAAGUUUAAUAAAACAAUUUUUCA